AUGGCGGUUACCCUAUUACCAGCCAGCUCUCUCACAGAGUCCGUGAAGCAAGCCGUCCGGUCAACAACAACAUGCUCCGAUACCACCGUGUUGUCCCUCCAAACACUCCUCCGUGCCUCCCCGAAAGCCCCCGAAAAUAAACCAGCAAGGAAGAAUACCAAGUCUUCCAAAGAAUCAACUACUACCUCAACUCGAGUGAAACCCGCACGAACUACCAAAACCAAAGCUGGGAGUGAUGCUGCGCUGAACGCGUUAGCCGACCAGGAUGCCUCGGGAUUGUCGGGCCAGGAGAAGCUCGUCCUCGCGACUGAGGUAUUUAAUGCGACAUUGAAAACCCUCACGGACGCGUCGAAGCUUUCGUCCGGCGAUGUGAAGUCGACAGCGAAGUCAAAGAUUACUGGGGCCGACACGGGAGUUUAUUCGGCAGCCGAAUGUGCAAGACUUGCGCUGUCAACGUUGCGCAAUUUGAAAGGCGACAAUGACGGCCAAGAAUUUCCGAACAUGCAACUCGAGCAGGGAGUGUGCGUGCUGGUGGGGAAGUUGAUAUCUCUCGGAUUGAACGAGAUGGCAUACAAGGAGCUCCGCUCGCUUAAGCGGAGGAUCCAACAGUAUCUCGAUGCAGGGAAGACAGGGAAGCAAACAACAGCAACCAAGGAGCUCCCGGAAGAAGAAGCCAGCAAAGAACGUAUGUCUGAUUUGUUGACUUUCUCGAACCUCACAAGCGCAAAAUCUCUCUACGGGCUGCUCGUUCCCUUCCACGGAAAUGCCAUGCGACUUCUUGCCUUGGACCGCCGAGCCUCAAUUGUUCAAAACCUUUGCCCCUCGUUGCAGCUCUCCGAUCCAAGCAGUCCGGCUCAGGUUAUUCUGGCCGCAUUGAAGUCCGGGAGUUUGCCAAAUGACAAAGCUGCUCUCCAACUGCAGCUUCUCUCCAAUACCGUGCUGUCACUAUGCUCUGCGCCAUCAACCUCGAAAGACGAAUCUGCGACCACCAAAGACGACUCGAAGCCGACAACUAUCUUGACCCUGCAGCUGCUUUCACUUGAAAUUCGAUCUCUAGGAUGGAAAUUGUCCGGCCACAUGUGUGACGAGCGCAAAGAGUUUUGGGACCCGCUGCUUCGCUACUUUGGCAGCUUUUCUCAUCGCAGCAAGGGCAUUGAGAAGACCGAAUUCGCCGCAAUUUACAAAACAAUCACCCGACUUCAAUCUGCCAUGGCAGAGAUCAAAAAGAAAUCGCCUGACACAAAAUAUGCCAGCUCAAUUGCCAAGAUAAUGACCAUUCUUGGACAGCUUGCCUUGGAUGCCGGUUGUUUCGAAGAAUCCCUGAAGCUUUUUACGGAAGCGAUCACUCCUCUCUCUCAAGCGCAAAGUCUCUCACUGGCCACUGUCCGGUGUAAAAUUGCAUCUGUUUCCUUCCAGGCACUGAGGAGCUCUCCAAAGCUCUCGACUCGAGCGUUAAAAUCUAUUUCCGAGGCCACUGCAGCAUUAGGACUUCACUUGAGAGGCAGCGCGCACGAUUUGGAUGAACUCCUCGUCGAAGCUGCGAGAUUGAAAAAGCUAGCACUCGCUUGGUUUGGAGAUGCAAUCACCAAAUCAUUUGACAAUGACAACGAUAAGAAUGAAGUCUCCAGCCAAAUCCGAGAAUAUCUCCAGGCGUUCCUGAGGUUUCUCAGACGCUAUGUCGGACGUCAGCCGGCGGAGGACAGCGACGAAAAGGAACUUGUACUGUUUCAAAAUCGCAUCGACAUGUCUCGAGGUAUUAUUCUUGCUGCUGUUGACUCGGCUGUCGCAGUUGGAAAGCUGUCGGUCAUGUCACAAAGGCCGCCUUGGGAUGACAUGCUACCCAUUUUGAUCGAUUGCCAACGUCUGCUCGCGACUACUGAACCCAACGAAAAGAGCCCAGAAACUGCGGAUAACAUUGGUAUGGCGCUUGUGAAGCUUUCCAAUCUUUUCUGGUCUCGAUACAUCAAAGAGAAAGAGGCCGGGCAGGGCUAUCGCGAGCUUGUGCCACUCCUGAAACAAUCUACGCAACUGCUUUCAAGUUGUUCGGCCUCUCACCGAAACACGGCAUUUGCGGCCCUCAAAUUCGAGCGAAUGGCUCAUCUUUACGUGGAUGGCAAUAUGUUCAGCGACUCGGAGAAAGCGUUUCGGCAAUCGAUUCAAGAGUACAUUGACUCUGGUACUCUGAUGGAGCUGACCGAGAGUAGUCCAGGAGACCAUCCUCACCUGGCCAGCCAAGAUCCGAAAAGCCCUGGGUUCAUGCUUGGUCGUGUCCUAUCUACCUUUUUGAAGAUGAAGCUGCGCAAAAGAGGAUCGAAAUCAUGCGCAGUUUUCGAUGACACCGAGUUAGAAGUUGGGCAGCGAGGAAUGCUUCUCGAAUGGCAAAUGGGCUUGCUGGUUGAUCUGCACAGUUACGCCGCGAGCGAGGAUGAGUUUCGCUCGAUGUAUGGCCCAAUCAUUUCCAGCCUCUUCGACAUUUACACCCCCGAUUUCCAUCCUCUCCGUCGCCUCCGAGUCAUCCUUUCUGGUCUUCGAUUUUUGCUGGAACACCCUAAUGCUUUGGACUCGACUCUGACUCAGAGGCUCUUGAAUGAAGGAAACGAUGCGGUGCAGUGUGAAAAUGGGGUCGGUGAAGAUACACUCCUGGCUCAAUUUGCAACUCAUAUCACGAAUUCAUUGCGUGUGACCAUUGGCUUUCAUCAAGGAGGAAUAGACGCUAGUGAACUCGACGACAUUCUUGCCUCAUGGACUUCAAUGACUUUCCAUUGCGACAACCGGGAAUCUCUACUCCGCUGCAUCAACGACACCGAUUAUUGGAUUCUUCAGCUCAAGGCCUUGGUCGACUACACGGAAAUCCACGGACUUUGGAAAUCUCAACUCCGCACUCUCGAGCUGAUAUUACGAGCCGCAGAGCUUCAGCAACCGGAAGAUCUGUCGGACGCAAUCAUCAUUCUUUCGCGCUUGGUAUUGCAAAACUGCCGACUCGGGUAUUGCCAAAAGGCGGGUGAUCUUCUUUCGCGUGGCGAACAGUACAUCGCUCAGCGCGAGUUGUCCUCUCUCGCGACCAUCUCAUACAAAAUAGCUCGGGUGGAGUAUCUUCUCGAGACGGGAGAGGUCGACAAGGCUGGAUCUGUUCUUUCGGCAGCCCGGACUCUGUACGAGAAGAGCCAUCAAUCCGAGUUGGGAAGUAUGACCGUCCUUUCCAAGAUAUCAUGGGAGAGGCUGGUGGCAGAUGCUGCUUUUAUCCAGUCUCGGCUAUCUUCCGCCCAGGGGUCCAUGACCCAGGCACUAUACUUCGCCAAAUUGGCCGUGAGGCUGAACUGCCGCAUCUGGGCCAAGGUCGAGAAACUUGCCCAGAAAAAGCAAGACAAGGCUCUGCCUGCAGCAGGAACCCCCGAAGUUGAAGCGAUCUCUGAUGGAGUAGCCAAGCUCGAUCUGUCUCAGACUGGACCUGCUGCUGAUGUCUCGACCGACUAUAUCCAGGGUGCACCUUUCUGGCCACACCUUGGCUCACAUCAUACAUGCCUGCUGAACCUGGCAACCUUGUCGGCCCACCAUGGUCUGUUUCAAGACGCCAUCUACUAUGGGGAACAGGCGUUGAAGAUCGAUAAAACGCUAGAUGCCAAUGUCAGACUGGUUGCAGCACGAACCCAGCUUGGUUGCCAUUGGAUCCUUGGAGGCCAUGUUGGAGAGGGCCAAGAUCUUCUUGUGGCAGCAGCAGGAUCAUCAAAACAAUCCCAGACCAGUAUCGAGAUGGCUUCACUGCAGAUGGCCCUUGCUGCUCUUUACAGGGCACAGGAUCAACCUGAGAAAGCACUUCGCGCAUUGUCAGAAGCCGACAAGACUAUAAUCGCUGUCACUUCUUCCGAUGCUCCCAUCGUCUCCGAGCAACCAAACGUCGCUGCAACCGAGGAGAAGAUGGACAAGUUGCGAGUGCGAGGAGGCCGACGAGCCCAGCCAGCAACCCCGGCGGCUACUACUGGUCGACGCACUAGAGCAAUCAGCUCGGCUGCGUCCAGCACUGCCAAGAAAACCUCAUCGCAGCAAACGACUCUUGCUCAAAUCCGAUCCAACACUCUUUUGCAGCUCAAGGGCGAUGUCCUCCGGCAACAAGCAGACUGCUUGCGAACAUUGCGCGACUUUGAUCGAUCCGCGCGUGCUCUUGCCGACGCUCGACAAUUUGCCAUCGCCCGCGAGAGCAAAGUGUCGUUGGAGAUUGAAGAAAGCGAGCAUCUUCUGGCCGAUGCAAUCCGUCAUUUCGCGAGUCAUGCCGUGUAUUGUGUCCUUCCGGAAUCCACCAUUUCGCUCCCGUCCCUCAAAUCCCCAAGCAAGACGGCCGAUGAUACAAGCGCAUCCACAGUGAAGCCAUCUACCACGAAAAGAUCGAAAACGCCAGCUAGAGGAACCCGGACCAAAACCCCGAAAGCUGGUGAGGAUUUCUCGAUCAUGCUCUCCAAGGCGAGUGAUUGUCUCACUGGUAUCUUCGCCGAUGCCACCACUCUCGGCUCGACUCUCGACAGCCAUGCGGCGACUCGCCUGAUGAGCCGAAUCUCCAUGCUAUCGCAUGCUACUAGUCCCGGUGGACCAAGGACCUGGGCUCAAUCGCCCGCGAGCAUGAAUGAGAUUGGACGCGUUGGCGCAUUUGCUCGGGAACGCAUCGCGAUUGAUAUCGACCGACAUUUAGCCGACUUUGCAGACCCUCUUGUUUGGCCCACUUCGUCUCCUUCAAUGGCCGAGCUGGACGAUGAGAUUUGCUCGAAUUUUACCAAGGACUAUGUUGACAUUCUGCCCGAAAGCUGGAAUGUGAUUUCUCUAUCCUUGAGUGCAGACCAAACCGAAUUCGUGGUUUCACGACUGCAAAGAGAUCGUUCUCCGUUCCUCCUGCGGCUUCCUCUCCGGAGAGGCAACUCGGAAGAUGAUGAAGACCAAUUCACCUUUGAGGAUGGCAAGGAAGAGAUGCAGGAAGUCAUCAAACUAGCCAACCAGAGCGCGCACGCAGCCAAAGCUCAGACCGAUAAACAGUCGAAGAAGGAAUGGUGGCAAAAUCGCGAAGCGCUUGACUACCGACUGAAAAGCCUUCUCGAGAAUGUCGAAAACAUCUGGUUUGGCGGAUUCCGGGGUAUCUUCUCGCCGCUCUCGCGAGAGACGGCUGCUCUAUCUCGAUUUGCCAGCGCUUUCCAAGCCAUCCUGGACAAGCAUCUUCCUUCUCGCCAGAAAGGUGGCAAGGCCUCCAAGCCCCGGCUCACACUGCAUCAAAACGUGGUGGAGCUAUUCACCGGGCUCCGAGAUCUUGAAGAGCAGGAAGAGCCAGAAGACACGCUGAUGGAUCUUCUCUACUUUGUGGUGGAUAUCCUUCAAUUCCAGGGCGAGCGCAAUGCCUACGACGAGAUUGAUUUUGAUAUGAUGGUGGUCGAUACCCUUGAUGCCCUGCGAGGGUACCACGAAGCCGCACGGGAGGAUCUUGCGGCACAACCACCCAAGCACACGGUUCUCGUCCUGGAUAAGGCGUUACAUCUGUUCCCCUGGGAGUCAAUGCCAUCCCUUCAGGGGUUCCCGGUUUGCCGAGUGCCUUCGCUGGAAUGCCUGCGUGAACGAGUCCUCCAAUUCCGCGACUCACGAGCCGGCGCGCUCGUAGAUUGCUCGUCAGGCGCGUUCGUGCUCAACCCGACUGGGGAUCUGCGGACGACGCAGACAACAUUCGAGAAAGACCUAUCAGACCUUCCGUCUUGGACUGGAGUCAUCCAGCGCGAACCGACCGAAGACGAAUUCCGCCAAGCCCUGGAAAGCAAGGGUUUGUUCCUGUAUUUCGGGCACGGCAGCGGCGCCCAGUACAUCCGGGGCCGCACUGUCAAGCGACUGGCACAAUGUGCCGUGACAUUCCUGAUGGGCUGCAGCAGUGGUACGUUGACCGAGGCCGGUGAGUACGAGCCUUACGGGACGCCGAUGAACUAUCUGCAUGCGGGCAGUCCGGCGCUGGUGGCUACGCUGUGGGAUGUCACGGAUAGAGACAUUGAUCGAUUUGCGAGCUCGACAUUUGAUACCUGGGGACUUCUUCGUGACUCGGCCUCGAGUGGGCUGGACGAGGCAGUGGCGCGGGCGCGGGGAGCGUGUGUGUUGAAGUAUUUGAACGGCGCGGCGCCGGUAGUGUAUGGCGUGCCGGUGUUUCUUUCGUAG